CUAUCGAUAAGAGACUGUAGAAACUUUUUUGCGGGGAUCUUUGAGGAGCUUAGGAGCUUGGGAGCUUGGGCCAGGUAUCUUCUCGGAAUGGAGCUCUAAACAAGGUCGCCACGGCCUCGUCGUAUCUUUCUCCAACUUGGGCAACUAGACUUCCGACGUUUCGGCUGUCCAAGGAAAGUUCGAAUGGCGCGAUAAGAGCCCUGCUAAAUCGGCAUCUCCCUAGUGUGUAAUUACGUACUGUCGUAUCUUAUCUCCAUCGAAAACCUCAUAAUUAUUUGAAUUGGCCAUUCAGAGCUGUCGUUGGUCGUCCCCCGCAGGAUGAAACCGUACAUACCUAUCACUAUAAUCGGGGGUCGGGGUAAUAGGGCAUAGCUAUGAUAUAUGGAUGAAGUAAAACCAUCAUGUUCGCCUCCCGAUCCCGUCGCCAAGUUUUGGGGGGUUUACUUGUACAUUUUUAGCUGUUGGCAGUAGAGGCUAAUUGAAACUCAUCUUCUCUUCUUUGCCCGUGGACGACAGGGAAAAUGAUUGUGUCUACAUUGGCUCUUGUAACCAGCGCCUUACCGGCGGUUGCUCUGGGUCGCUCAAUUCUUUACGAUGAGUCCCAGCAAGUCCUCGAAGGUGUCACGCCAGCCGAUUUCAAAUGUGAUUUACCGUCGGUGUUAGACCCUUCGAAAGACGGUUUGCCUGCUGCUCGGGAUAUCUUCUCCGACGAAAAGGCUUUGCAACUACAGGUCAAAAGACAUUCCACUAUUGUAAAGAUACCGUCUAUUUCGUACGAUGACGGCGGAGAGCCUGGCGAAGAUGACAGAUGGGAGGUGUUCUAUGACCUACAUAGAGCUCUCGCUGCUCUAUAUCCAAAUGUACAUCUUCGAAUGGAUCGCGAGACGGUGAAUACGUUUGGCCUCGUCUACACAAUCAAAGGAACAGAACCUGCGCUCAAACCCAUUAUGUUAACCGCUCAUCAAGACGUAGUACCUGUCAAUGCCGUUUCCACUUGGAAGUACCCGCCAUUUUCUGCCCAUUUUGAUGGGCAAUGGUUAUGGGGACGAGGAGCGUCCGAUGACAAGAACAGCUUGACUGGCCUCAUGUCCGCUUUGGAUACUUUGCUGGCGAACCCUCAAUGGGUACCGAGACGAACCAUAAUCGUUGCACUUGGAUUCGACGAGGAGUGCUCGGGUCAACGAGGCGCUGGUGAGAUCGGGAAAUUCCUAGAAAAGCGAUAUGGUCCUAAGUCAAUUGAUAUGAUUCUUGAUGAAGGGGGAAUGGGACUGCAACUACUUGGCAAUGAUACAUUAUACGCUCUUCCUGCUGUGAUGGAGAAGGGUCACGUCGACAUCUGGUUGGAGCUUUAUGUCAAUGGUGGCCACUCAUCGACUCCAUUCCCACACACGGGUAUUGGCAUUAUGUCUGAAUUUGUUAACCAGCUGGAAUCCAACCCGUGGAAACCCAAACUUAUCAAAGGAUCACCGAUCUAUAACCACUUCGUCUGCCAGGCGAGGUACUCCCCUGAUGCAGCGCCGAACAUCACCAGCUUGAUAAACAAGGGGGAUCUGAGUGCAUUGACGGAGGAGCUGGCAACGAUCGAUCGGGCCACUCAAUACCGCAUACAGACAUCCCAAGCAGUUGAUUAUUUCUAUGGGGGAGUAAAAAUCAAUGCUAUGCCCGAGUACAUCCGGAUUGGUGUUAACCACCGUAUUGCGCCUCAGGAUUCGAUCCCGGCAGUCAAGGCUAACAUCCUGAAACAACUUCAGCCCAUUAUAAAGAAGUUCGGAUUAUCAGUGUCCGCUUUCAAAGGAGAAGACAACAAUCCUGAUUUCGAAUUAUAUGAAAAUAUGGAGGAUGGCGUUGUUGAUCCGAUGUAUGAGGUUGAGUACAAUGGCUCGCUCACACUCACGUCCUCUCAGGCUACCUUGGUGGCCCCAGUCUCGCCUACGUAUGGACCUGUCUGGGACGUCUUUUCGGGGACAAUCCAGCACAGCUUUGCUUUUGAAGGCGGUAAAGUUGUUCCGGUAGGAGAAUUGAUGACUGGCAACACAGACACUCGUCAUUAUUUGAACUUAAGCCACAACAUCUACCGCUGGACGCCUACCCGCCAGGGCCACACCUUUAAUGCCCACACUGUUGAUGAGCGGAUGGAUAUGUUUUCGCAUAUGGAAGCUGUGAGAUUCUACUAUGACGUGAUCAGGAACUUCGAUGCUUCCCCAGUCGCAGCUGUCGAAGAUCAACGGAAUAUGGGAGAGUUGUGAUUUGCGAUGAACGAUGGUGGAGGACUCAGAUAUACAUUAAACGUUCUGUAUUGGAGGAUCAUCACUCCUUAAAUACGACAAAAUAUGUGAAGAGAAUGAAUACAAUUGAUAUUCAAAUGAAUGCAUUUAGCAAGAGAUAUAUCAAGUUAUGCAUUUAAGAGACGUACC